AUGAGUAAGAAGGGCGUUGUGAUAGUGACCGGCGGUGCAGGAGGCAUUGGAGCAGCUAUCGUACGUCGUCUUGCACAAGACGGGUUCCCGGUCUGCAUCAAUGAUGUCGAGAGUAGCCGCGCAGCAGCAGAGCAACUCGCAAGCGAACUCGAAGCACAACAUGGAAAGGGCAGAGCGAUUUCUUUGUGCGCAGAUGUGACAGAUGCCGAUCAAGUCGAUCAAAUGAUUGAGAAGACGGUAGCGGCUCUGGGUCCGCUGAACGUGAUGAUUGCCAAUGCUGGGAUUGCCCACGUGGGUCCCUCGUUACAGUUGAGCACGAACGAUGUACAGAAGGUGUUGAACGUCAACUUCAUGGGGGUAUUCAAUUGCUACACCUCCGCAGCAAGGCAGAUGAUAAAACAGGGACCUCGAACGACUGGAGAACUGGACUAUCGCAUACUCGGUGCUUCUUCGAUUGCAGCAUUUAAGCCGUUUCCAAUGUUAUCGCAUUAUUGCGCCACCAAGGCAGCGGUUCGUGUUUUCUCUCAGACUUUUGCAGUGGAAAUGGCCAGACAUGGUAUCAGGGUCAACUGCUAUGCGCCUGGCAUCGUGGGCACCAAGAUGUGGGAUCUAGUCGAUGAGAAGUUGGGAGAGAUAGAAGGCCGCACAAAGGGAGAUACGAUUAAGCAUUACAGCAGUAGUCUCACAGCUCUUGGGCGGGUCUCUGAGCCCGAAGAUGUCUCCAAGAUGGUCGGCGGGUUUCUCUGCUCUGACAGCAGCGACUUCGUCACGGGACAGACUGUCAUAGUGGACGGCGGAAUCGUCUUUUCGUAG